AUGACGUCAGAGGAGAAACAACCAACCACAGACACAGAAGUAGCCAACACCCGACGUAAUGAUGUCACAAAUGUCACAACCAACAAUACUGAAAUGUUAUUGAACAAAGGCCACCCCACCAACUCUACAGAACGUCACCUCAACCAACUCUGGAACACGUCACCUCAACUAACUCUACAGAACACGUCACCUCAACCAACUCUACCAAGGAACACGUCCUCAACUAACUCUACAGAACUUGGUACCCCACCAACUCUACAGAACACGUCACCUCAACCAACUCUACAGAACACACGUCACCUCCAACCAACUCUACAGAACCACACGUCACCUCAGCUAACUCUACAGAACAAGGUCACUUACCAACUCUACAAGAACACAUCCACUCCAACUAACUCUACAGAACAAGGCCACCCACCAACUCUACAGAACACGUCACCUCAACUAACUCUACAGAACACGUCACCUCAACUAACUCUACAGAACACGUCACCUCAACUAACUCUACAGAACACGUCACCUCAACUAACUCUACAGAACACGUCACCCCACCAGCUCUACAGAACACGUCACCUCAACUAA